AUGAUUAUUUUCAAUUGUCAAUUGGUAUUAGUAAAUAAAAAAGGCGUGUUGAUAGAAGAAGGUGUUGCAUCUGAAGACAAUAAUCAUCACCAUUGUUACCCUCAACUUCCUUUUCUUUUUUUUUUGUUUUUAACAAGUUACGAAACAGUUCCCAUUGGUUCAGCAAAUCCAAUAUCCUGCAUCUCAUCAGCACCAUCAAGACAAACUAAUUUCAAUUCAAAAUUAUACAAUGUAAAAGCUUUGUAUCGUCAUGAAUACAUCGAGUUUUUAAGUCAAAACAUGGAAGAAGGUGUGGAAGACAAUAUGAUUUCAGUUAUUGGUAAUGAAAAUGCCAAUGUUUUAUCAGUCCCAGUCUAA